AUGAAAGCCCCCGUGUACAAAGCGCUUGGUCAGUUUGAAACCAUCGAUACAAUCGAUGCUGUAAAAUAUCUCACGUCUAAAUAUUCCUAUAUCGACAACAAACGCGUAGCGGUUUUUGGUUGGUCAUACGGAGGUUUCCUCAGCACACAUAUCGCCAUACGUGAUCAGGGUAAAACGUUCCAAUGUGCGGUCGCCGUAGCUCCAGUGGCAGACUUCAUGCUUUACGAUAGCGCCUACACGGAACGUUACUUGGGCAUACCGCUUGAGAAUCCAGGAGCAUAUAAUGCUAGUCAAUUACUGAACAAAGCCGGCCGUCUCAGGGACGUUAAGUAUUUCCUGGCUCAUGGGGAGGCCGAUGAUAAUGUUCACUUCCAAAAUAGCGCGCUUCUAGCGGAGGCGUUACAAGCCGAACUUGUUCAUUUCACACAAUUAGUCUACCCCAAUCAAGAUCACAGUAUAGGCCCUCGUCAAGCCCAUCUUUUUAUGGAGAUCGGUCGCUUCCUCGACAAGGAAUGCUUUAGCAACAAUGACUAA